GGGCGUGGCAGCGCGUGCGAAUUUUAUGAACCGUAAUCGAGCUCUGGUUAUACCGUUCAGCAGCUCUGCUCCUUUAAAAAAAACAUUACAUUCUUUAAAAAAAAAGUUAAAAUAAAGUUAAAAAUGAGUUUAGACGCUCAAGCAGUAAACCUGGAUGUUCUUUAUCAGCACAUUUUGCUAACUGAGCAACAAGCGUCCGAGAACACUCGGCGACUUCACGAAGUAAAAUCGGCCAUCACUAAAACUGAGGAGAAAAUCAAGUCCUUUACCGAAAAGCUGGAACAUGAUCAUAUCGAGCUGGAUGAGAAGGCUCAGCUCGAGGCUGAAAUGAUGCUACAGCUGAAUGUGAUCAAGAGAAAACAACAAGAAAUUCAGAAGAAGAAAGAAGAGUUGCUCGAGCAACAGAAUGGGCUCCGACAGGAGAUGGCACGAGUUAUCAGAGAGGCAGCAGAGGAGAAAGAGAAGUUCAUGAAAGCGAUCAGAGCCUUCAACAGCGAAUUUAACCUGCUGAGAAAGAUGGACAUCAUGUUCUGCAGUCAGACCAAAUCUGAAAUAGAAAGACUCGAAUCAGAAGCCGAGGCACUAACGAAAGCGAUGGAGACGAUGAAGCAAGAAAACAGCCAGCUGAUCUCUUUGCGAACAGAGCGAGAAUCUUUAAAGGCAGAGCUGCAAGAGCUGAACUCCCAUCUGGCAGAAUUGGAAAGAGAGCUGGAGGAGGCAGUGGCUCUCACAGAGUCCAUGAAGACUGAAAGAGAAAAGGCUAUUCAGAAACCUCAAACAGAUAGCACCUGUCUCAGACUGAAGAAAGAGCUACAGGCACAUAAGGAGCUGGAGAUGUUGCACGAGGCCCUCAGCACAGAAAUCCAGUACUUGCGUUCGAAGUUAUCACAGGAGCCAAGCGUGUGCUGAAAGUCUCCGAUUACGGACCUGUGGAGAAUCUGUUGUUUUUAACACUGUUUGGUUUGUUAAAGUCUUCACUAAUGAUCUUUAAAACGCUUCAGUGCAGGUCUGUGGAAAGCUGUAUAAGGGUGCCCUCUAGUGGCUAAAGUUGUAACUGAUUAAAAAAAGUUGUGGUGUGUUGGA